AUUUUGGUAUUUAUUGCAGUUAUUUUACUAACAAAUGCAGUGCAAUGUAAGAUGUCGGAUCAGCAACUGAAAGCUGCUAUGAAGCUGAUAAGAAACGUUUGCCAACCAAAAUUCAAGACAACAGAUGCUCAAAUUAAUGAAAUGCAUGCUGGUAAUUGGAAUCAAGACCGCGCUGGACAGUGCUACACCUGGUGUAUACUGAACAUGUAUAAACUGAUUCGAAAGGAUAACUCAUUUGAUUGGGAAGCGGGUAUAAAAACUUUGGAAAUUCAAGCACCAGAUAGCAUAGCCGAAUAUGCUAUACCAUGCGUAAAUGAAUGUAAAGACGCUGUUAAACAUCAGGAAGACAAAUGUGUAGCUGGCUUUGAAGUAGCUGAGUGCAUUUUUAGAUGUAAUCCCGAGAAAUAUUUUCUUCCAUAGUAAAAUGUCAAAAGGAUAUUCAGUGUAGAUAAGUUUGUAGUUUAUAGGUGUAUAGUGCAAAAAAUUAUUUAUUAAAGUG